AUGCUCGCGUCAACAACUGUAAGUGAUGUACGAGAAAUUACUUUGAAAGCAUUUGGACUAUUAUAUUCCAAAACUUACCCCCUAGCAGGAGCACUUGACAGUAUCAUGGUCAUUCGGUGGUUAAAAAAUAAGUUAUCAUUCCCUCUGGGUUUCCGAAUCACAACUGGUUUGGUCUCAUGCUUUUUGAAGAACAAUUCUUCGUAG